UGUCCAACGCGUUGAAUGGGAAGUCCGGUAAACUGAAGCGAGUGCGGGGUUUCGGUGGGCCUAAGCUUAUGGUGAACCACAACCAGAAUCUGGCGGUGGAUAGUCAGCCCCUAGUGUCGGCACCGGCACUCAUACCGCCGUUUGAGGCGCUGGUAGGCGGCGCCGGUCGUGAUUUGGCGCCCUUCGAGACAAACAUGAAUUUAUUGAAUAAUAACGCCUUUAAUAAACUGUUUAAUGACUCGACUUUCAAUGAGAGGCUACUGUUUGGCAGCGGAAGUGGUGGUAGCGGUGAUGAGGAGUUCCAGUGCCCAUCGGAAAUCCUGGACCUGACGCUAACCGUGGGUUCAGACAAACAGAAGCGACGGUCCAUUUCCAUCGAAGAUAAGAUUGAGAUCAUCAAAGACAUCGACGCCGGUAUGAAACGGCUGGAUGUGCUCCAGAAGUACUCGUUGGCCGACUACUCGAACCUCAACACUAUCCUCAAGAAUCGCGACAAAUACCUGUCCAACGACUCGAACAUUAAGAGGAAACGUAUGCGCGAAGGAAAGUAUGGCGACGUGGAGGAGGAGCUGACGAGGCGUGUG